UUAUUGUUUUAUUUGAAACAACUAGGUUGACGAUAAAAAAGUUGACAAAUUUAUUCCGUCUCGUCUUUAGAACCGGAUGAGGAAAAUAUGUCUACGACGAUUUUAAAUAAUGCUGCCAGUAAACUGCAAGAAUCAGAUAGAAAAAGUACAUACAAGCAGGACAAUAAAGAAAAUAGUGUUAAUGCACAAGAAACAAAUUAUUUCCAUGAAAAAUCGUCCAUAAUUUUUCCAAAAGUUCCAAGAUUAGUAGCAGUGUCAGGUACGACAAAAGAAGAUGUGGAACAUCUUAUAAGCAGAAUUGAAAAAAAUCGGCAUGAUGGACAGUUUUUAUCAUCAAUUAACCAUACUUACUACGAUCCAAUCAAAAGCGGACAUGUUUACAGAGGGUAUGUUCUUUUAUGUGAAACUUUUCACAAGGAAAUUUUUGCUGCUAAAAGCUUGAACCGUCCCAAAUUAGUAUUUGUGUACCCAGGACUUGGGAUUGAACUUGGUAUUGCCGCCAAAAGUAUGUUGAAAUUGGACAUCUUCAAAGACUCUAUAAUGAGGUCGGCAAAUUAUUUAGAGCCUUAUGGUAUAAAAUUAAUUAAUCUUAUUAAAUAUGGUACCAGAGAUGAUUUUGGCAAUAUUCUUAAUUCGUUAGUGAUGUUAGUAGCGGUGCAGAUAGCGUUAACUGACGUUCUUAAACAUAUUGGAAUCGAACCAGAUAUAAUUUUUGGACAUUCUUUAGGAGAAGUUUCUUGUGGUUACGCUGAUGGCGCAUUAACAGCUAAACAAGCAGUCCUCACAGCUUAUGGAAUGGGUAGAGGGCUUUUGGAUUCCAAUACUCCAUUGGGGGCAAUGGCAGCAGUGUCUCUCCCAGCAGAUGUCAUUGAAAGAAAGUGCCCUCCAAAUGUUUAUCCAGUGUGUUUCAAUACCACUGAUAAAACCACAAUAGCAGGAGAACCAGAAAAUAUUGAGAAAUGCGUUAGAGAGUUGCAGCAAGAAAAUAUUUUUGCCAAGGUUCUUCCAACUUUUGGAUAUGGUUUUCAUUCUAAAUACCUGGACAAUGCCAGGCCUUUGUUAGUGGCGAAUAUACAAAAAAUUAUACCUCAUCCCAAAAAAAGGUCUCCUAAAUGGCUAUCAACAUCUAUUCUAGAAAGAGAUUGGGCAUCUUCUUUAGCUCAAACAUGCUCAGCUGAGUACUAUGUUAACGCUGUGUGUAGAGAAGUUUAUUUUUAUCAAAUCUUUAAAAAACUACCAGACAAUAUUGUCACGGUGGAGAUAUGUCCAACUGGAACCUUACAGUUUAUAAUUAAAUCGAAUUUGGGCCCUAAGGUUCCUCACAUCUCACUAAUGAAAAAAGGAAGUAUUGACAGCUUGGACAACUUUUUGUGUUCUUUGGGAAAGAUUCACAACGUUGGAGGUGCACCUCGUCUUGAGAAUAUUUAUACUCCAGUUCACCAAAAAACUAAAGAAGCACAUACAUGUAUAGAAAUUCUUCAUACAAUUAAUUUUUGUCAAAAUGUUCAGCAAAAAGAUGCAACUAAUGAUGGAAUAAUGUACUCAGCUGCUGCAUACUUGGUUUUAAUUUGGAAAAUAUUGGCUGAACUUAAACAUGACGAAUUUGAACACACGGAUAUACUUAUGGAAAACAUUAAAUUUAACUCAGCUCCAAUUGCAAGAAAACACCUUUCAUUAUUAAUAAAUAUUAAUAAAGAAACCGGCGAUUUAAAAAUUUUGAAAGGAGAUCUACUUAUCUUGACAGGAAAAGUAUUAAUGAUGCAAGAUUCAAAUCAAAAUAUUUCGGAUAAAUCAUUAGAUCAUUCAAGAAACAAAGAAAUUACCAGAUUGUCCCCAUCUUCAAAAUUUAAUAGCCACUUGUUAAACUCUAAAUAUGAACUGAUCGAUUGCAAUAAUGAGGAUGUGGACAAUUUGAAUGAAAACAGAAAAUACACAUUUGAAUGGAAUCAUAAUUGGAUUAGUUUUAUUGAUUCGAUGAUUCGAAUAUUUACAGCUCAUAAACCAGGAAAUACAUUAUUUCCUCAAAAAAUUGAUAAGUGUUGUUUUAGUCCCCAGACCCUUUUGACGAUAGUUAAUAAAUCAAUUGGAAAUGCAAAAAUUCCAGUGAAUAAAUUUGGUCCAAAUAUAAAAUCACCAGGAAUAGAAAUUACCGGAAUUAAAUUUGGGUUAUUAAAAGAAUUACGUACAUCAUAUAAACAUAAAUUGUGAUUGUUUGUAUUAUCUUAAGUACCUAUCUAAGUUUUUAAUUUUUUGUUAACUUUUUUUAUAUCUUUUUUAGUAAAUUUUAUUGGUUUUAAAAUGAUGACAA